AUGACAUAUGCACAAGUAUUACCAUACCUCCUCGAUUUGAAGUUAAUCCAAUUGAGGACUCUAGCCACUCCUGCUAAAUUGCCUGCUAAUUGGGACGCCAAUGCAAGAUGUGAAUUCCACUCUGGGGCACCUGGACAUAGCAUUGAAAACUGUAAAGCGUUGAAGCAUCAGGUUCAAAAUCUUCUCGACUCUAAGGUCAUUGAGUUUACUCCGACUCAAGGACCUAAUGUUGUUAAGAAUCCUAUGCCUCCCCAUGGAGCUCAUGCUGCAAAUGCCAUCGAGUUUGUUGAAGACACUCGCUUGGUCAAGGAUGUGAUCGAAUUGGGCUCUCUGUUGCCAUUAUUGAAGAAGGAAUUAUUGAGGAUGGGUCUAUACUCUAGUUGUGGAAAAUUCUGUACUGAUUGCAUGGUCGUUUCCUCAGUUUGUGAUAAGGUGAAAAGUGGGGUUCAACAAUUGAUAGAUAGUGGGUAUCUACAGUUUGAGCGUGUGCGACGUCCUGAAAGGGUUGAAAACGAAGUUAAUGUGGCAUCCAUCCCGUAUACUCCUGCAAAGAUUCCAAUUCCUGCCAGAGCACCUCCUUUGGUCAUUACAUUGCCUGGUCCCGUCCCGUAUAACAGUGAAAAAGCAAUCCCAUGGAAUUAUGGGGGAGAAGUUUUCUACCAAGGGGCCAAAUAUGAGAUUAAGAUGCCAGUUGAGAAAGAAGAUAUGGAUAAUGUUGUUGGCAUUGGAAGAAUGACAAGGAGUGGUCGUAUUUUAAAUCCUCCCCAGAAUACUCGCGAUGAUAAUGCAGAAGCUCUAGCUCAAGCUAAAGGGAAAAGAGUGGUAGAAGAUGCAGUGGAUCAGGGGCAAAGCUCUAAUUCUGAAGAUACUGUGGCCAAAGAGAUGGAAGAGUUCUUAAAGAUCAUCAAGAAAAGUGAGUAUAAAGUGGUUGACCAACUGAGUCAAACUCAAUCAAAGAUUUCGAUUUUGCAGUUGCUCCUGUGUUCGGAGACACAUCGAAAUGCUUUAUUGAGACUUCUGAACUUGCCUUCGGAAGGCAGAAACCAUAAUAGAGCUUUGCAUAUAUCAGUGGAGUGUAAGGGGGCUAUGUUAUUACGUGUUCUCGUGGAUACUGGAUCUUCUUUGAAUGUAUUACCAAAGUCGUCUUUGAUGAGGCUAGAUUAUUCUGGCGUUGAGAUAAGGCCGAAUGAAUUAACGGUGAGAGCCUUUGAUGGCUCAAAGAGAUCAGUGUUUGGGGAGGUUGACUUGUCGAUAAUGAUAGGCCCUCAGCUCAUCACUAUUACUUUCUUCGUGAUGGAUAUCCACCCGUCCUACAGUUGUCUCCUAGGACGCCCAUGGAGCCAUGCUGCUGAGGCCGUGACUUCCACAUUACAUCAGAAACUCAAAUUCGCGACUCAAGGAAAGAUAGUCACAAUAUGUGGGGAAGAAGAACACGUGAAAGCUAAAGCCGUGGUUGAAUCUGGUCAUCCUGAAGGAUGGGGCCGAGUCUUAGAUUUACCAAUCAAGCAGGAUAAAUGUGGGAUUGGAUAUCAGUUGGUUCAGAGUUCAUCUAAUGGGGCCCCCAAGAAGCCCGGAACCUUCGUUCCGAUCAAGUUCUCUAGUGCUGGCAUUGUCAAGGAUCAUAUUUGUGCUGCUGAUGAGGAUAUGGAUAGCGAUUAUGACAUCGAGGAAUGGAUCAAGCCGUGUGUCCCAGGUCAGAAGCUUCUCAACUAG